AUGGCGGCCAGUAAGAGUUACUUAGCCAGGCAGAACUACCGAUUCCUCGAUCAGAACCACCACCACCACCUCCACAGCCACCACCACCACGACUUCGAACUCGACGAGUCCGACGUCUACGACCGCCACAGCCACCUCCCGGACUCGCCGGAGUUCCGGAAGGUCGGGUCCAGGAUCAACAAGAAGUCAACGGCGGCGGCGGCGAAGUCCGCCGCGUCGUCGCUGCCGGUCAACAUACCGGACUGGUCGAAGAUUCUGAAGGAGGAGUACCGCGAGAACCGCCGCAGCAGGGAUCCCUUCGACGACGACGACGAGGAAUUGGACGGCGGCGGGGACGAUUACGGCGACGGCGGGGUGCGGGUGCCGCCGCACGAGUUCCUGGCGAGGCAGAUGGCGAGGACGAGGAUCGCGUCGUUCUCCGUCCACGAAGGCGUGGGGAGGACUUUGAAAGGGAGGGAUCUGAGUAGGGUCCGAAAUGCAAUUUGGGAGAAAACUGGGUUCCAAGACUGA